GCCUCUACUGUGCCACUCUGCGCACAAGCAGCCUCGUUCAAUCUCAGGCUCGUCGGGCGCUUCAUCUCUCUCGUAAAGACACGUCCGCGAGCCAAGGACCGCAUACGCAAGCCCACCAUGGCUUCACCUGGUCGCCGUGCUAAUAACUCUCGUCCACUAUCAGCUUCGCGCUCGUUUCAACAGUCUCUCUAUGCUCCUGGCUCAAGCUCUCGCCCAUUUUUGAAUAUGCUGAAUCCUCUGGGCCGCACAUACCAAGGAUAUACGGCUGCAAAUCAGUCCUUGCUCGAGGAAGAGGAGGAGGAGCGUUCACAUGACGACGAAGACGUGGAGGACGAUGUGGAAGCUCAGACGAGCAGGAGCGUCCGCCGAGGGAAGCGGCCCAGUGGUGCCACCAUGAGCCUUCUUCGACCCAACAUUCACCAUGAAGAUAAGAUUCACGAAGAAUCAGAGUCUGAUGACGAUGUUCCCCAGAGCUUCAUGAUCGAGUCUCCCCAUAAUCGACGACCGCCACCUCCCUCGACCUCCACGCGGACAUCGAAGGGCAAAGCUCGCGAUAGAGGAGACUCAUCGUCCGCGCAGCCUCCAGGUCUUGAUGUUCCUCGGAUAUCUGUUCCACCACGGCCGUCAGAAAUCAAUAUUGAUGAAAGGUCUUUACCUUCACCAUCGCCACAACCUUCGAAGCCCAUGCGUGGGCUAGAUGCGUACGAGCGCGCUCUUUGGAACUGGGUCAACGUCUACAACCUCGACGCGUUUCUGCAAGAGGUGUACUACUAUUAUGAGGGAAAGGGGAUUUAUUCAAUUGCCUUGACCCGUGGCUUAAACCUUCUCACAGUCGGGUUCGUCAUUAGCUUCUCGACAUUUCUACUCCGAUGCGUCAACUACUCGCGCAUACGGCCGGAGGGAGUAACCAGAUUGUCGGACGUUGUGGUCGAUCGAUGUGUGGCGAGGUUCUCGGGAUUCACACUUCUUUUCUUCCUCUUGUUCUGCGCGUUCUACUUGUGGCAGAUUGUCUCGUUCGUCACGGGCAUCAUGCGCCUCGCGGACAUGUACCGCUUCUACACGUAUCUUCUCAAGAUACCAGAUGAAGAUAUCUCAACUAUAUCUUGGCCAGAGAUCGUUCGCCGUAUAUCCAACAUCCGUGACUCCAAUCCCCUCACCGCCAUAUCCUCCCGCCCACGAGACAGCGACGGUGCCAAACUCGAUGCGCACGACAUCGCCAACCGCAUUAUGCGGCAGGAGAACUAUUUGAUUUCACUGUUCAACAAGGAACUUCUCGAUUUACGCGUUCCGUUGCCAGCUGGGAUUGAGAGGAUUGUGGGUUCGGGUGCCCCAGCGGGUAAAGGACGGACGCUCACGAGGGCUUUGGAGUGGAAUUUGAGGUUCUGCUUGAUGGAGUUUUUGUUUGAUCAGAGAGGUAGAGUCAGGAAGGUGUUCUUGAAGAGUAAGAAUAGAGCGGCGUUGAUAGAAGGGCUUCGGAGAAGGCUCAUCUUCAUGGGCAUCCUGAACGCAAUAUUUGCACCAUUUAUCGUUCUCUAUCUCCUCAUGUAUUCGUUCUUCCGCUAUUUCGAGGAAUACCACAAGAACCCAUCAUCAAUCGGAGGCCGAGCAUAUACUCCCUUCGCACAGUGGAAAUUCCGCGAAUUCAACGAACUUCCCCACCUCUUCACGCGUCGUCUCGAUGAAUCAUACCCUACCGCCAAUAUAUACAUCGCACAAUUCCCGAACGAGAAAGUUGCCAUCGUCAUGCGAUUUGUCGCGUUCAUAGCGGGUUCUUUCGCUGCGGUCCUUGUUCUCGCUUCGAUCCUCGAUCCAGACAUUUUCCUCCAUUUCGAGAUCACGCCACACGGGACAGUCGUAUUUUAUAUCACCGUAUUCACAGGCAUACUCGCCGUGGCACAAGGAAUGAUUCCCGAAGAGAACAGAGUGUUCGACUCGGAGAUGCUCAUGAUGGAAGUUGUGCAGUAUACGCAUUACCUCCCGGACGAAUGGAAAGAGAGGCUACAUUCUAAGAAGGUCCAUCAGGAGUUCGGAGAGUUGUUCGACAUGAAGAUCCUGACGUUCGUGAAGGAGAUCAUCUCCGUCGUCUUGACGCCUUUCAUAUUGUGGUUCUCCCUCCCGCGCUGCGCUCCCGCUAUCAUCGAUUUCUUCAGAGAGUUCACGGUUCACGUGGACGGUCUCGGGUUCGUGUGUAGUUUCGCCGUAUUUGACUUCCAGAGACACGGAAACGUGAAGUUCGGCGCCCCGACGACGGUGAAAGACGAGAAGCUCAUGUCGAAAGAAGGUAAGAUGGAGAAAUCGUUCCUCAACUUCAAAGCUGCACACCCGGAAUGGAUGCCCUCCGACCCCUCUGGAUCCCUCUAUCUCAGUCGCAUGGCGGAUUACACUGCAGCGACCAAUAACAACCAUCCCCGACGACGAGCCGCUCAUGCGCACACCGCCUCCAAUACCUCAGCGCACAGUCAUGGUCAAAAGGACGGAGACGCGCGAAAGGAAGAUAUGGCGGCUACUAUGGUCCUGCCCUCCGACGAAGAGCAUCUGAAUGCGAGGGCGAAAGAGUACGAGAGGGCGUUGCAUGAGAGCCAGAGCGCGGCGCUGGCGAGACGGAAGAUGGGAACGUCGGGUGUCAUGUUCGGGCCUGGAGGAUUCGGAAUGGGAGGAGGUGGGAUGCAGAGCACGAUCUAUCAGAGCGGGAUGGCUCAAACGGCCGUCCUAGGCGAUUCGGAAGGGAGCAUUAUGCCGCCACAGCAACAUACACCUCAAUCGCUUUCUGCCCACCCUAGCGUGAGCACGAGUCUCAGUCGAGAAGGUUCCGGUAUAGGUGGUAUAGCACCGGAAGAUAGGGAUGCGGACGGGGGCGUCGGGAGCGCGUUGGGAGAGAGUUACGUGGAUGGGGAGGGGGCGAGGAGGGGUAAGAUCGUUAGUGGGUUGAGUAUGCAGGAAGAAGAGGAGGAGGUUGAGGAUGGAGGUGUGCUAGGGCUGUUGGCGCAGAUUUAUAGUGGGAAGGGCGCGACGAGGGCGGGGCCGGCGAGGGUGCUGUAAACAUUUUCUUUUCCUCCUCAUAUCUUCCCUCGGGUCGGGGCCCCUCGCAAUGGUGAGGGGAUAUGAUAUUGGGUUGAGCUUGGGGAAGCCGUGGUGCGGGGAUCGGGGGGAGCGGUAAUGUUAUAUAGAUAUCGCAUCUUGGUUGGUUUGUGCAUAUAACGUUCUGUCUGUCCGCGUCAUGACUGCACGAAUCUCACAUUUUUUCUCAGUCAAGAAUCUUACUUGUUGAUUUUGCUUCAUAGGUGCAGCCCAUGGCGUAG